GGUGUCGCUGGUCCCUGCCUGUAGGGUCUGGUGGGCUGGAUGUGGGGCUGGAUCCGGGCUGUAGGAGACUCCAGGGGGGGCAGCAGGGUAUGAGGAGUGUUUCUGUGUUAGUGAGUGUUUGUGAGUGUUUGAGGCUCGUCGAGCAGCAGAAGGGAACUUGAAAACUUCACAGCUUUCCACCGAGAAGGAGAGAUCUGCUGUUCCCGGGGCGAGCAGAAUAACGGCUGCUUUCUUCGCUUUCACCGUCCAGCUGUUUCCAGAUCCACAGAGGAACGAGGACCGGGUCCCGGUUUCUCAGCGUUGGAAGCGAUUUCCGGCCAACAUGGAUGAUUUAGAUGCUUUGUUGGCGGACCUUGAGUCCACAACAUCCCACAUUUCCAAGCGUCCGCUCUUCCUGUCUGACGAGAGCGCCUACUCCUUCCCUGUCGGGGGUCAGACCCAGCAAGACCUCAGCUCUCCUCCCCAAGUCCCACCCACUCCCUCUGAGCAAGCCCUGAACGGACUUGAUGAAACAGAGUCCUUCAGCUCAGCUCAGAGAAGUCCCUGGUCUAGAGAUAGCAGCAGUCCAACUCAACCCAUCGGUGAAGAGGACCACGUAUACAGUUUCCCUAAUAAGCAGAAGACUAGUGAGUCAUCAGCUGCCAUGAACUCAUCCUUGGGCAGCAACCUGUCUGAGCUGGACCGCCUGCUGUUGGAGCUCAAUGCUGUCCAGCAAAGCACCCCUGUCUUCCCCACAGAAGAAGAAGCAGCUCCCCCGCUGCCUGCCAGCAGCGUCAUCCACCACGUCCAGGAGAACGGAGUCUCUACUGCAGGCAAGACUGCUCCACCUGUGAUGGAGAAACCCAAACGCAGCGCGGCAGCUCGGGGAAUAGAGGACGUACGACCAAGUGUAGAGAGCCUUCUGGAUGAGCUGGAAAGUUCUGUGCCAUCACCCAUUCCCACACCGUUGGUGUUGUCAGACGAACAAACGGAUGGACAAGAGGAAACACCAGCACAGCAACAAGCCAGAAUGUCGGCCUCCUCUGCCACACGAGAACUGGAUGAGCUAAUGGCCUCCCUGUCUGACUUCAAAGUCCAAAGCAAUUCUGGCUCUCAGUUGUCUGUGAAUCAGGAGGCUGUAGACCCUUCAUUGGAAGCUGGUUCCCCAGGAACCGCCCCGUCUAUAAUUCCUAGUAUUGGUUCAGUGGAUACUCUUCUACCUUCUAGUUACACUACUCCCUCCUGUACUCCUCUUCCACUGGAGCUCCAUAUAAAUGAAGAUGGUAGCUCAGCUCCUACAUCUUCAGCUGCUUCCACUGUAGUCGUUGCAUCGUCCAAGAGUGUUCAGUACUCCCAGAUCCAACAGAUAGAUGAUGGUGGCAUCGUCACCUCUGAGAUCUCUCUUGUGGAGAGCCUCAGUAUCUCUAGUACCACAAAGCCUCCUAGUCAAGCUGAAGUCAACAGUAAAGUCUCAAGUCCACUUGGAAAGAGCGUAAGCCCAGCUACUGUUGGCAGAAGUUCUAGUCCAGUAGUUGUUUCCAAGAGCCCUAGUCCUGUUUCUGUGUCUAUAACCCCCAGUCCCAUUCUUAGAGCCAAGACUCCUAGUCCACCUGACCUUAAAUUCUCCAAUCUUAGUCAGUCUCACAAGAACCCAAGCCCAAUCCCUAAAAGCGACAGUCCAGCUCCUGUAAAUCGUAGUCCAGAAGCAGCUGCAAAGACUGCUAGUCCAGUCACAGUUACGAGGAUUUCAAGUCCAGUUCCUAAAAGUGCCAGUCCAGUGCCAGUCCCUAUUAUCUAUAGUCCGGUACCAAAGAGUGCUAGUCCAGAAACAGUUCCCAAGAGUGCUGGUCCAGUGUCAAUUUCAAGACUUUCAAGUCCAGUUCCACAGAUUGCAAGUCCUGUGACAGUCCCUAAUAUCUCUAGUUCAGCAAGUGUACCGAAGAGUGCUAGUCCUGAAACAUUGCCGAUGAAUGCUUCCCCAGUAAUGCCCCUAAGGCUUUCGAGUCCAGUGACGGUUCCAAAGAGUGGAAUCUCAGUUCCUAAAAGUCCUGCUCCAGUCGUCAGAAAAAGUUACACAGUUCCAGGCACCAGCAGUCCCAGAGCUUCACCGGUUUCGCUUGCCGCUGUGCCAUCAAGGAGCCCGUCUUCCCCUCUUGCAGAAAAGCAGGGAGUUGAAAUGCUGGGUUUAACAUGGCCAUGUCGGGAGCCUUUUUUAGAUGAUGCUUUAGACAAACUCUUAGCCCCCGACCCCAUCAGUCCAAGUGGGAACCCGCCACCUGCUCCCGUCAUGCCCGGAGAUGAUGACAGAUCUUGGGAGGAGGAAGACGGACUUUUCCCUUAUUUCAGCCGAGAGGGAACCCUGACACCCAUGACUGAGUCCAGCUGGAUGGACGAGUGUUUCACCCCCUCCACCUGCCCCGGGACACCAGAUGCGACGAUGGACCUUCCCACACAGCAGCCCUCUGCUGUCGAGCGACUAUCUGCUUCUGGCCAACUCAAGUCGGUUAUCCGCCGCACCAAAGAGACCUCCAAUGUGCAUCCAAUGUUCAGGGAGGGAAUGCGACGUAAAAUGGGACCGGUUAUUGUGAAUAAGAGCAACUCGCAAGACCGACUCAUUUUGGAGCUGCAGGGGAAACUGGGAAUUGGGCGAGUGGAGCACAAGCGUAAACAACAGCCAGAUGAUUGGAUGACGGAGGGAGUCAUCGUCAUGUCCAACCCACAGCGAACACGGGAAGAAAGGGCCCAGCCAUCUGUGGAUAAGAUCAUCAUCCCCCCAGAAUCACCUGCCCCACAGAGAAAAGUCCUCCCCCCUCCGCAAUCCCCCCCAGCACCCAAAAAGGCACCCCCAGUCAAGCAGACUCCUCCAGCCCUACCUCCUCCCCCUCCGACACCCCCCCCUCCUCGAGAACCUACUCCUCCUCCCCCGAGGGAGCCUACUCCUCCUCCUCCUCCUCCUCCUCCCCCCCCCAGGGAGCCCACGCCUCCCCCUGUUCAGCCCCCUCCAUCACCUAGCCCCCCUCCCAAGCCUGUCACGCCACCCCCGCCUCCCAAGGUCUUUGUAUCAGUGGGUUGUCAGACUGAGUAUGACCCUAUCUUCCCACCAAUGCAGAUUCAGUCCCAGGGAAUGACUUCUCCCACCAGUCCCCCCAAACCAGCCAACAAGCUGGACAACAUGCUGGGAAGCCUGCAGUCCGACCUCAACAGACUCGGAGUCCAGACGGUGGCUAAAGGUGUGUGCGGAGCCUGCAAGAAACCCAUCGUUGGGCAGGUGGUGACUGCCAUGGGCAGAACGUGGCACCCCGAGCACUUUGUGUGCACCCACUGCCAGGAGGAGAUAGGCUCCAAGAACUUCUUCGAGCGCGAGGGGCAGCCGUACUGUGAGAACGACUAUCACAACCUGUUCUCACCACGAUGCCACUACUGUAAUGGACCCAUACUGGAUAGAGUAGUGACUGCUUUGGACAAGACCUGGCAUCCAGAGCACUUCUUCUGCGCCCAGUGUGGAGCCUUUUUCGGACCAGAAGGUUUCCAUGAGAAGGAUGGAAAGGCGUUCUGCAGAAAGGACUACUUUGACAUGUUUGCCCCUAAAUGUGGCGGCUGUGCCCGUGCCAUCCUGGAGAACUACAUCUCUGCUCUCAACUCACUGUGGCACCCUGAAUGCUUCGUCUGCAGGGAGUGCUUCACGCCAUUCAUAAACGGCAGCUUCUUUGACCACGAUGGCCAGCCGUACUGCGAGUCGCACUACCACGAGCGGCGCGGCUCGCUGUGCUCCGGCUGCCAGAAGCCCAUCACCGGCCGCUGCAUCACGGCCAUGGGCAAGAAGUUCCACCCGGAGCACUUUGUCUGCGCUUUCUGCCUCAAGCAGCUCAACAAAGGCACCUUCAAGGAGCAGAACGACAAGCCCUACUGCCAAGGCUGCUUCGUCAAACUCUUCAGUUAGACUGUGCGUUUGUAUGUAUGUGUGUACACGCGUCUACGCAUUUAUUUACAUGUCUGAAUGCACGUGUGGAUGUGUGUGCAUGCACAUGUCUAGCAUGUACGAGUCAGUGAAGUGUUUUUUUGAGAACGAGGGUGGAUCACAUCAUAAGGGUGAGAAAUGUCUCUUGACGAUUGACCCUUGACACCGGCUGGCUGUCCAACCUCUCAGGCUCGCUAUUUCACACUUUUGCUAAAGACGUUUUUAACAGAGCCCAAAGAGAUUUUUAUUUAGAGUUUUCCUCCUGUGUGCGGCAAAGAAAAUACGCUAAUUUCCCCCUAUGCGUGUGUACAUACAGUCUGCGGGCGUUGAAUUAAGACUUCCUCAGAGCCCUGAUUUGUAAAUGAUUUAAUUCCCCCAUUGCAGGGCAAGACCUUGCACCCUAUGGUGGUUUUAUGCAGAUAUGAGACAGCUGCUUGAUUGCAUGGACCAUGGAGAAUUGACUUUUAGAAUAUGUUGAAUACAUAGUGCUUGGCCAAUGAGUGUUACGAAUAAUCUAUGAUAAAGAUGUAUUUUUCUAGCUUUGGAAACUAUUGAGGUGCCAUUUAAAAAAAAA